GAGUGACACGGUUCUUUAUCUUUCCAGAUUCUUCUUAAAAUUUUUUCUCAAGUGCAAUCAGAAUUGUUUGAAAACAGCAGGAAACCCAAGAGAUAUGAGACGGUUCCAGGUUGUGCUAUCAACAACAGUGAAUGUCGAUGGGCACGUACUGGCAGUUUCUGACAACAUGUUUGUUCACAACAAUUCCAAGCAUGGACGGAGAGCAAGGAGACUUGACCCCUCAGAAGCCACACCGUGCAUCAAAGCAAUCAGCCCAAGUGAGGGUUGGACUACAGGAGGAGCAAUGGUGAUCAUUAUCGGAGACAACUUCUUUGAUGGGCUGCAAGUUGUAUUUGGAACCAUGCUUGUAUGGAGUGAGCUUAUCACACCUCAUGCCAUUCGAGUUCAGACACCUCCACGUCACAUUCCUGGAGUGGUUGAAGUGACAUUGUCGUACAAAUCCAAACAGUUUUGCAAAGGCGCACCAGGCAGGUUUAUUUACACAGCUUUAAAUGAACCUACCAUAGAUUAUGGUUUCCAAAGACUGCAAAAGGUCAUCCCAAGACAUCCUGGUGACCCUGAAAGACUAGCUAAGGAAAUGCUAUUGAAACGAGCUGCUGACCUAGUUGAAGCACUGUAUGGAACGCCACAUAACAACCAGGACAUCAUUCUGAAACGAGCUGCAGACAUCGCAGAAGCUCUCUACAGCGUACCAAGGAAUCCUGCGCAGAUCCCCGCACUGUCUAGCUCUCCAGCUCACAGCAGUAUGAUGGGAAUUAACUCCUAUGGCAGCCAGUUAGGAGUCAGCAUUUCAGAGUCAACACAGGGGAACAACCAAGGUUAUAUCCGUAAUACAAGCAGCAUCUCACCCCGAGGUUACUCAUCCAGUUCCACACCUCAACAGUCCAAUUACAGCACUUCCAGCAAUAGUAUGAACGGCUACAGCAACGUCCCCAUGUCCAACCUGGGCGUUCCAGGCUCACCUGGGUUCAUUAACGGCUCUCCAACAGGAUCCCCCUACGGAUUAAUGUCUUCAAGUCCAACAGUUGGCUCCUCCAGCACUUCUUCCAUCCUUCCAUUCUCCUCUUCCGUCUUUCCUGCUGUCAAACAGAAGAGUGCCUUUGCUCCUGUCAUCAGACCCCAAGGGUCUCCUUCUCCUGCCUGCUCCAGUGGCAAUGGAAAUGGGUUUAGAGCCAUGACUGGUCUUGUCGUUCCCCCGAUGUAAGGCAGAGGCAGCUUUGCUCCUCUCCCUCUUCCCUUUUUUCCUCUUUUUUUUCAUUUUUCUUUUACAGCACAAAACUACUUAUUGUGAUGGACCACUAAAAAGAAAAAAAAUAGCACUACAAGCUCUUUUUUGGGGGGAAGUCAGGCCCAAGAAAAAAAAAAGGAACAUUUUUUUAUGGAUUGGACAAGAUAGAAGUCUGCAUCUUUUACCUGUUUCAUAUUUCUGACACAACCACGUCAACUCCUAAAACAUUGUGAAUGAAGAAUCAGCCAGGAGCCAGCACGAACAACAGUUGGCAGAACGGAAUCAGAAACACAAAGUCUUUCUUGAAAGACAUGAAACCUUCCUAAGAUUUGUAAAAUAUUAAAAGGAGAAAGAAAUUGGCAAAAUGAUUCAAGCUUGAUAUUUUGGAUACAAUUUGUUUUACUUUGUAGGGGAAAAAAGUUGAAGUUUCUAUUUUCUAUCAGAUAUCAAUUUAGUUUAUGCAGAAAAA